AUGGGUCGGGGCCGCCGCUCCCUCAGCCGCUCCCGCUCGCUGGGCGACGGGGACCGGCCACCCCGGAGGAGCCGCUCGGCCCAGAGCGCCAGGAGCAGCGAUGGCGGAGGACGGCGAAGGCGCGACGAGCAGCGGCGGCGGCGGCGGCGGCGGCGGCGGGAGGAGGAGGAGGAAGAAGAGAGGCGACGCAGAAGGUCGCGGAGAGAGCGGCGGGACAGCUCAGAUUCUGGGGAAGAGAGGCAAAGAUGGAGGAAGCAGAGGAGAAGUAGAAGUUCAGAGAGGCACUAUAAAAGCCAGAGGAGGCCUCGUUCCCAAUCACGGGAUCCUCCUUCUGCCUCCGACCCGGAAAAUGAGAAGAAGAAAAACCGAGGAGGUGGGAGGAGCAGAAAACGAUCCAACUCCAGGUCUUCAGUCUCAUCCGUCUCCUCGCCAUCUCCUUCCCCCUCUCGCUCCCAUAGCCCCCAGGAGGAUCUGGGCAAGCAGUUGAGCCUCCAGGAACGCUUGAGGCUGAAGGAGGAGAAGAAGCAGCAGGAGGAGAUGAUGAAGGCCUUUGAAACCCCCGAAGAAAAACGAGCCAGGAGGCUGGCAAAGAAGGAAGCUAAAGAAAGGAAGAAACGGGAGAAGAUGGGUUGGGGGGAAGAGUACAUGGGCUAUACAAAUACUGACAACCCAUUUGGAGACAACAACCUACUGGGAACCUUCAUAUGGAACAAGGCCUUGGAGAAGAAGGGCAUUGGCCACCUAGAAGAGAAGGAACUGAAGGAGAGAAACAAGCGAAUCCAAGAAGACAACCGCCUUGAACUGCAAAAGGUGAAGCAGCUGCGAUUGGAGCGUGAGAGGGAAAAGGCCAUGCGAGAGCAGGAGCUGGAAAUGCUGCAACGGGAGAAGGAGGCAGAGCACUUCAAAACCUGGGAGGAGCAAGAGGACAACUUUCACCUUCAACAAGCCAAGCUGCGCUCAAAAAUCCGCAUCAGGGAUGGCCGAGCCAAGCCCAUUGACCUGCUGGCCAAGUACAUCAGCGCGGAGGAUGACGAUUUGGCGGUAGAGAUGCAUGAGCCUUACACUUUCCUCAAUGGCCUCACCGUGUCUGACAUGGAGGACCUGCUAGAGGAUAUACAGGUUUACAUGGAACUGGAGCAGGGCAAGAACGUGGAUUUCUGGCGGGACAUGACCAUCAUUACAGAAGACGAGAUCUCCAAACUCCGCAAGCUGGAGGCAUCUGGGAAAGGGCCAGGAGAGCGCCGAGAAGGUGUUAAUGCUUCCGUUAGCUCAGAUGUCCAGUCGGUAUUCAAAGGGAAGACCUACAAUCAGCUGCAGGUCAUCUUCCAAGGCAUUGAGGGCAAGAUCCGAGCCGGCGGACCCAACUUGGACAUUGGCUACUGGGAGAGCCUGCUGCAGCAGCUCAAAGCCUAUAUGGCCCGGGCAAGGCUACGGGAACGGCACCAAGAUGUCCUCCGCCAGAAGUUGUACAAGCUGAAGCAGGAGCAAGGAGUGGAGAGCGAGCCCCUGUUUCCCAUCCUCAGGAGGGAGCCAUCUUCCCCCAGUGACAGGUCUGAAACGGAGGACAGAGGCCCAGCACAACCUGGACCUUCCACGAGUGGCUCAGAAGAGGCUGAGGCAGAGGGAGAGGCCAAAGGGGAGGGCGAGGGAGAGGCCGUGCUCAUGGAGGAGGACUUAAUCCAACAAAGUCUGGAUGACUACGACGCCGGCAAGUACAGUCCCCGGCUGCUCACCUCCCACGAGUUGCCCUUUGACGCCCAUGUGGUGGAAUCAGAUGAAGACUUUCAGCGCCUACUGCUGUCACGGCAGCAGCUCCAGGUCACAGGAGAUGCCAGUGAGAGUGCUGAGGACAUCUUCUUCCGCCGAGCCAAGGAGGGCAUGGGGGCAGACGAAGCCCAAUUUAGCGUGGAGAUGCCGCUGACAGGCAAGGCGUAUCUGUGGGCUGACAAGUACAGGCCCCGGAAGCCCCGCUUCUUCAAUCGAGUCCACACGGGCUUUGAGUGGAACAAAUACAAUCAGACCCACUAUGACUUUGACAACCCUCCACCCAAGAUUGUCCAGGGAUACAAAUUUAAUAUAUUUUAUCCAGAUUUGAUUGAUAAGCGCUCUACCCCAGAAUAUUUUCUGGAGGCCUGCCAGGACAACAAAGACUUUGCUAUCCUGCGCUUUCAUGCCGGGCCCCCCUAUGAGGACAUUGCCUUCAAAAUUGUCAACCGCGAAUGGGAGUACUCGCACCGCCAUGGCUUCCGCUGCCAGUUCGCCAAUGGCAUCUUCCAACUGUGGUUCCAUUUUAAGCGUUAUCGCUACCGGCGGUAGUAAGGGAGAAGGGAGGGACUGGGGAGACUAGAGGAUUCCCUCAGGCCACAAAGACAGAAUUUGGAUGCCAGCUCCAUCUUGCUUACCCUUGUCUGUCUGGCACCCCCAGCCACAAAACCUGCCAGUGACUACUGCCCAAAACCUUGACCCUUGAGCUCCUUCUCCUCCUCCUGUUUCUUGUACCUGAGUGGAUGGGUUUCUUCAACACCUCUUUAAACCAAAUAAAACUGAUUUCUAUGAA